AUGCCGGUACUCGGACUCGGGACAUCAAGAACAAGAGGACAGUAUCUUUUACAUACACAAGUGACUUUGGGCAAAACCAGUGUCUUCACCAUACUCUUCCAUUAUUUUAAUCCAGUUUCAAUCUGCAUAUUUCUGAUUGCUAAAUUUGUGCAGGUAACCGAAGCAGUGAAAGCUGCCAUCGAUGCCGGUUACAGGCACAUCGACUGCGCACACGUGUACGGGAACGAGAACGACGUAGGUGCCGGGCUGAAGGCCAAGUUCGACGAGGGGGUCGUCAGGAGAGAAGACAUGUUCAUCACCAGUAAACUGUGGAGCACGUUCCACCACCCGGAUGAUGUGGAGGGGGCUGUGAAAAGGAGCCUGAGGAGCCUGGGGCUAGACUACCUGGACCUGUACCUCAUCCAUUGGCCGAUGGCGUUCAAGAGAGGAGCGGAAAUGUUACCCAAAGACGCUGACGGGAAAUUCAUAGGAGAAGAGAUCCCUUUUACGGCCACGUGGAAGGCGCUGGAAGCUUGUGUCGAGUCCGGGCUGCUGAGGAACAUCGGCCUGUCCAACUUCAACAGUAAACAGACCCAGGCUGUCAUCGACGUCGCUAAGGUCAAACCUGCUGUCCUACAGGUGGAGUGCCACCCUUACCUGAACCAGAAGCAGCUGCUAGAGUUCACCAAACAGAAGGGUCUGGUGUUCACAGCCUACAGUCCGCUGGGCUCCCCUGACAGGCCCUGGGCCAAGCCUGGAGAUCCCUCCAUCAUGGAGGACCCCAAACUCAAGCCCAUCGCCGACAAAUAUGGCAAGUCUGUGGCUCAGGUUCUCCUCCGCUGGGGAGUCCAGCGCGGCACGAUCGUCAUCCCGAAAAGCGUCACGCCGGCGAGGAUACAACAGAACAUCCGGGUCUUCGACUUCGCGCUGACGUCAGAGGAGAUAGCGACCAUUGACGGGUUCAACAUCCCGUUCCGUGGAAGCCACUUCGACUCAGUUAACUUCAUGCCGGACUAUCCUUUCCACGAGCCUUUCUAAUGAAUUAAGGAAGACCUGUAAAGUCCAUUCAAAGUCACCGCAAGGAUUUCUUGAUUAUAUAUGUAAUAAGUUUUAACUAUUUUGAACAAAGGAAUGUAAUUGGCAGCGAUAAGAAGAAGAAAAAAGAACAAGAAACAGUCAUGCCUUCAAGUACCAGAGUUACCAACCUAGGA